AUGUCUAAUACGUCACCAGGAUUUCUUCCACCUUUCCUUCCCCAUUCGACGCUCUGGUUCGCGAAAUCCAUUGGUUUGUUUUCUGGAUUCUCUGCCAACCAAUUCAUAAUCUUGACAUUUGAAAAUAAGGGUUCGGAGGUUAGAUUUUUACGGACUUUCGGGACCUCGGCAUGUCUAAAAUACUCUGAUGGGAAUGAUUGGUCCAGACCGAUGACGAUUUUUCCUGCAAAGUCCUUCAGAAGGUCCUUAGAAAAGCUUAAAGAGAGAUAUUUGAAGAGAAUAGAACCUAAGGAGGAUGAUGAUGGUGAGCUCCUGGACACAAAGGAUGAAGGCGGCGAUGGCACUGAGGCUCCAGUUUCAAAAUUUUCUGGUAAAAAGAAAGGAAAGGCCAAGAAAGGUGGAAGCAAUAAUGCAUUGAGUGCUUCAAGUUUUGGUUUACUUGGAGAAGGAGAUGACGAGGAUAAUGAAGAUUCGGGAAUAACGAAGAGAAUGUUGAUUAAGAAAAAUCAGGAUAAUGAAGUAGCAGGUUUUGCACCUAAUGAGAAGCAAAUUUCUGAGCUUCUUAAAGUUGGAAAGGACAAGAGAGCACUGAAAGUGGCGAAGAGGAAGUUGGGCACCCACAAAAGAGCAAAAAAGCGUGAAGAGAUGGCAUUUGUUCUCCAGAAGAUGAGGGCUGCUGGAGGUGGAGAAAAGAAGAAGUGA